UUUGUUUGCAAUAAAAUUUGUAAUAAUUGUUAUAACAUUUUUUUCUGGUCUGGUGUGUCGGGUCGUUACAGUUUGCCGACAUCGGCGGACAACAAACAGAACUAAAAAAUCCCGCCGAGAUUUUUGUUGUUGUUGUGGUCAUUACUAUAGAUACCGAACCCACUUUACCGUCUUUUCCGUCCCAACCCUCCCGAAGUUAAUGGUAUAUCACAUGCAAUAAUAACUUGAUAAUCACUACCAACAAAAAAUAAUAUGACGUCCAACGCUAUCGCCGCUGCGGUCAACACUGGCGACCAGUGGUCAGCACUGAUGGUAGCCGUAAUGGACGACCUCAGGGCCGACAACGAACGAUUGCGUAGCGAUCUGAAUGCUGAACGCGAUUUGGUUAACGUUUUGGAAAAUAUCCGAAACUAUUCAAUGGUUUUGGUCGACAACUGCCGAUGUGUGGAUAAUGCCGACCUUAAGAUGCAAAAGUAUCGCAAGUUUAAUGCCAUCUACGAUGAUAUGAAAGCCGGCCGUCAACAGCAAAUGGCUGCCGAAGCUAUUCGCCAAUCGGUAAUCAACUACGGCUACAGCCCGCUGAUGGGUUACGGCCGAUCUUCGGUCUAUAGCGCUGCAGCUGCUGCCGCGUCGACGGCCGCCAACACUACUACAGAGGACACCAUUAACGGCAGCGGCGGCGGCGGAGGAGGAGUCGCCGGUGGAGAGAUCAUUACGGCCGAUGACAGGUCCAGUCAUAUUGCCAACGAUCACAUGUAUUGCGUCGCAACCGCUGAUGCCGAUAAUAUGGUGGCCGUGAAUGACGACGACAACGACAAUGAUCUAAAUAGUUAUAGUGUGUGUCCACUUUGCAGCCAAAUGUUUCGUACGAGUCUUGAUCUGAAUGUACACAUGGAUAUCGCUCAUAACCGCAACAAUCAGUUCAACAGUCUUGAGAUUAUUAAUAACAAUCAAACUUCAGAUACUGGCGAUUAUCGGCCAUUAACACCGAUAACACUUACCGCUGCUGUUGCUGCUGCUGUUCAGAGCCCGAACCAGGAGGAGGAGGACGACGAAGAAGCGCCAGAGGAACAGGAGCUCAACAACAACGAUAGUAACACUCUCAGCACACGUAGCGGUUGUGGUGGUGGCGAUGAGAGUCAGCUAAUCAAUAAUAAUAUAGAGAUGAUGAUGACCGACGAUUCAGCUACCAAUCACUCGAUAGAGACCACUGACACUACUACUACUACUGAAACACCCGAUGCCGCGGCGGCCACUACUGUCUCCGACGACUCAACUAUAACCACUUAUCUGUGCGAAAAGUGUGCCCGUAGUUUUGUGACCAGCGAAGCACUGGUCAAACAUCCGUGUCAUGUCCAUAGAGUCAAAGUACUGUUAGGUUGUGAUUGGUGUCCGUACAAGACGUUCACUGGUAAGGCAUUGAAACGCCAUAAGACACAGUGUUUGUCGAAACCGAUGCCGAAGCCGACAAAAGAGCCGCUCAAAAGAAGGUCCGCUGCCGUCGCCAAUCAAAGCUUAAUAACCACUAAACGCUUGACCACCAAAACAGUGGACAAUCAAAACAAUUACCUCUCGAAUCUACAAUUAAAACCAAAAAAAGUCAGAAAAAGUACCAAUGAUUUGGUGGUCAGCAGUCAGUCGCCAAAUAGACGCCGUCUGCGCGACAACAGAGACGCCAUCAACACUACUCCAACAUCUCCUGAACGACGAUCAUCACCGAGAAGAAGACAUAGUUCAUCGACCACUAAGACAUCGUCGUCGUCGUUGUCAUCAUUGCCUAUUGUGGCCAACUUGCGGGCAAACAAUAGAGAAAACUUGGAGAAUACAGUCACCGGCGGCAGCAAUAAUCCGGUGGUCGCUAAUGGCGUUGUCGUUGUCAGCGAUAGAAGACAUCAUCAUAAUCAUCAUCACUUGAAUCAUCAUAAAAACAACUUGAAGUCAUUAUCGUCAUCAAAGAUGAGCCGCCAUUUAGCUGGCAGUGGUGUCCGAUAUUCUAAUCAAAAGUCAUUAAACAAGAAGACGACGACGUCGUCGUCAUCAACCGUCGCCACAACUGUUGCCAACAUUCAACGGACGUCCACUAAAACUGUUCCGCACAACAACAACAACAACAACAGUGUGUCCACUAUCGCUGCCGACGACGACGAUCAUCGAUGCCAUGUCUGUCGAUGUCUGUUUCCCACUGAAAUGAAACUAUUGAAUCACUUAUCAUAUAAACAUCAUAUCCUAUCGUUCGAGUGCCAGAUCUGCGACUACAAGACAAACAAGAAGUUCUAUUUGGAACGCCAUAUGAGUAUACAUACCACUGAUAAGCCCUACCAGUGCGACGAAUGUGAUAAAUGGUUCAAAACGCGAAGCAUUUUAUUGACACACAAACGUCAGACACAUUCGCCACAGAAGCGCUUCUCAUGCGAUCUGUGCGACUAUAAGACAUCGAAUAAGAAUAGUCUGACUAACCAUCGAUCGAGACAUUCAACGUCGAAGCCGUUUAUCUGCGAAAUCGACGGCUGCGGUAAAGGAUUCAAAACCAGUAUAUGUCUCUAUCAGCAUAAAAGUGUUGUCCAUUCGGACGCCACUUAUGUCUGUGAAUACGAUGGUUGCAAUCGUCUGUAUAACUGUAGGAAAGCCCUACUGCAGCACCAGUCCAUUCAUAAUGUUGAUGUUCCCUAUCUGUGCGGUAUUCAAGGCUGUAUCAAAACAUUCAAAGAAAAACGAUCGCUUAAGAGACACCAGAAUACUAUACACGCCAGAGAUGGUGACGACGAUGACUACGAUAAUGAUGAUGAAGACUGCGAUAUGACUAGCGGCGACCAAUUACUGGCCAAUUCGCUACUGUUUGACGAACUACGGGACGAAAACAAACGAUUGGCUACCGAACUGACCUACGAGCGGCAGUUGACGGAAGUACUGGAUCAGAUACGGGGCCAAUGUUUGGCGUUGGCCUCGCAAUGCAAAUGCGAGGCCAAUCAUCAGUCGAUUCAGGCGAUCACACACUUUAACAGUAUAUACGGCGAACUUAAACGAUCGUCGGCCUUGUUAUUGGCCAACAAUGGCGGCGGUGGCCACCAGUCGAUGGCCGCUGGCGGUAGCAAUAAUAAUAAUCCCAUCAGUCUUCGUGGAGAAGUCGUAUUGAAUGGUCUGAACACUGGCGUCGGUGAGAUUGAAGACCGCAGCCUAAGACAGAUUGUCGACCAAUUGAAACUGCAAAAAGAUAAUAUCAGUGCCGGCAGUAGCGGUCAUAAUCAUCAUCAUAACCAUAACCAUCACAGUCAUCAUCAUCACAGCCAAAACCAGUCAACCAGUAGUAGUAAGCCGACGGUACAGUCGUACGUUUGUAACGAUUGUCAGCACGUAUUCAAUACAAGGGAUCAGCUGUUAACUCAUUUGAUGAAAGCGCACAAAAGUAUUAAAUCGGUUUACGGCUGCAAUCUGUGCGACUAUAAGACCAGCCGUCGGCCGAACCUAAUGCGACAUAAGCUGAUACAUACGUCAAUGAAGCCGUUUGUCUGUACGGUCAACGACUGUAACAAACGAUUCAAGACUAACAGCAGUCUUAAUCACCAUAAACGACAAGUUCAUUGCGGAUCAGAUAAGACGGCAUCACAGCAACAACAGGAUCAACAACACCAGCAACAAGAUUGCCAACAACAACAGCAACUACAACUACAUCAGGGAGUGUACGGCACCGGCAGUAUGGACAGUAGUGAUCAUAUGUCGGCGACAGCUGAUGGCCAAUCGUACAGUAAGCAAGUAUUUUCGUGCGAUCUAUGCGACUAUAAAACCGACAACAAAUGGAAUCUAUUGUCCCAUAAAUCGGGCCAUUCGGACGACAAACCGUUUAGCUGUACCGACAAAGAUUGUGGCCAGAAUUUUGAAACCGAAUACCUACUACUGGCCCACAAACAACAGGUACACUCAGCCUAUAAACAAUACUAUUGCCAGUCGUGCGACUAUCGUACGGGUCUCGAAGCCAAUCUGAUUCAACAUAAAAUACAGGUUCACUCACAACAGGGAUCGGAUCUCAAAUGCGAUCCAUUGAUGUUCGGCUGCGAUGUCUGCGCCUACAAGACAUCGCGCAAACCGAAUCUAAUCCGACACAAGAUGUCCCACUCGAAUAUGAAACCCUAUGUCUGUAGUGUUAUCCGGUGUUAUAAACGAUUCAAAAGUACCGAAAGUCUUCGUCAGCAUAAAAUAUUUCAUACGUUUUCGUCGGAAACAAUGGACGACAUUUAAUUCCUGGGGGUGCGGAGGGAGAGGGAUGGAUGACGAGUACAGAGAAGACAUUGCCCCACCUCUUACACCUCCCGGAGUUCAUCCAUCUAUUGAUGAUUAUCUUAUGUCUGUUUGUUUGUGUGUGAGUGUGUGUGUAUGUGUUUGCUGUGUGUGUGUGUCUAUCUAUCAACU